UUUAGAUACCCCGCACGGGUAGCUCAACUAGUAAGGCAGUGAGAAAGUUGAACAAAUGACCAAUAAUCGAAACUCACAGCGAACGCGUGAAGGUCACUAACUCCUAUGUGCUGAGCUGGGUCUCUGGUGCACACAGAUAUAAUGUCUGCAAACGUUAUGAUUGGUUUGGUUGAGUCACCCUAAUUUGCAACUUUUCAUACGUAGUAUGAUCUGUCGUGUCUGGUCGUGUAGGGUCAUGAGGCCCUGGGUUGGGGAUUCAUUCUUUGGACAAACGAAUGUGGAUUGAGGAUAACCGAUCGAAAUCGAAGGGCGGACGAAGCGAACGCGUGGAUCCGGUUCGUCAAUCCGUUAUAUUCCGUUCCUUUGCGUUAAAGUCUCCUCCUCCUUGCUCUGGAAAUCAGUCAAUCCUCCUCCUCCAUGACGUCAGCGAUGGCUUUCUCUGCAGUUUUCUCAGCACCCAUGACCUUUGGCUCCUUCACAUCUGCCAAGCUCAACUCAGUCUCCAGUUUCCCUCCUUCAGUUGCGUUUCUUUCUUCAAAAUCGUCCUUUUUCCGUAACGCGCCUUUUCUCCAAUCCUCCGUAUUCUCUGCGCCUCUUUUUAAGUCCAAAUUCUCCGCAAAUAUAUGCUCCAGAGCUGCCACUGAGAAAUCCGUACAUGAUUUUACCGUCAAGGACAGUGAUGGGAAAGGCGUUUCACUAAGUAAAUAUAAGGGAAAGGUUCUCUUGAUUGUAAAUGUUGCUUCAAAAUGUGGUUUAACAAAUUCUAACUACUCCGAACUAUCUCAUCUAUAUGAAAAGUACAAAUCUCAAGGAUUCGAAAUUCUUGCUUUUCCUUGUAACCAGUUUGGUGGGCAAGAACCAGGAUCCAAUGAGGAAAUAAAGCAGUUUGCUUGCACCAGGUUUAAAGCUGAAUUUCCAAUUUUUGACAAGGUUGAUGUGAAUGGGUCAAACACAGCCCCAGUUUACCAAUUUCUGAAAGCAAAUGCUGGAGGAUUCCUGGGUGGUCUGAUCAAAUGGAACUUUGAGAAGUUUCUUGUAGACAAAAAUGGUAAAGUAGUGGAAAGAUAUGCACCAACAACUUCUCCUUUUCAAAUAGAGAAGGAUAUUCAGAAACUCUUAGCUGUAUAGCUUCUUAGCUCUUCUAAGCUCUGAACACAAGUCCUACCUAAGGGUUCCAGACAAAAAAAAGUCCAAGUGACAAAAUGGAAGAGAUGCAGCCUGGAUAAUCCAUGGUGCCAAGUGCAAUGUAUCAGAAAUAAAGCUUUGAAAGGUGCUGACUGCUGAUGUAAUGUAUACAAGCUGUGUGUGUGUGUGUUGUGUAUUUUUAUGUGUUUUUCAGUUAGGGAAAUAUAAAUGGAAGGUGUGAACAUUCAGGUAUUGAAAAAGCUUUACAUAAUGAAGCAUUACAUUUAUUUACAGCAUUAGAAUAACAUGUCUUUGUUUUCAUAGAUAUUUUGUUUGAAUAUUCUUAGUUGUGAUGUUUUUUUUUCAAAAGAUUAUUUUAGGAUCCAUGUGUCUCUACUAGGAGCUGCAAAUAUGAUAUCAUUUUC